GUAUCAUCCGCGUUUUACUCUCUCCUCUUUGAAAUACAAAUGUCAAUUUUUUUUCUACAGGUUGUUUUCCUGUGUUGCCAUGUCGGGGAGAGUGACGCGCAGCCAACAGCGGCUGGAUGACUCGUCAUGUAGCACUUCGAAUGCGAACCCGCGGAAACGCGCCAGGACAGCCGCAGCCAAGGCCCCCGCCAACAAGAAGGCCACCAACGCUGAGCUCACCGAGCGCGCCGAGCGCGCUGAAGCCGCGGAGACAGCGUUGAUCGCCGUGGCCGAGGAGGCAGCCGAGCGUGCCGCUCUCCAAGAGGCAGCAAGGAGAAACGUUGAGAUCGCCGCUGCAUCGGAGGUGGCAGCUCUACUUGCCGCGGCCGAAGAGACCAACACCCUUUACGCGGAGCUAUCAGCCGAGCUUUCCGACGCCAAGUUCCAGGCCGAAGUCAGUGCUGAGCUCGCCACCAAGCAGGCCGCCGAGCUAGCCUUAUUAAUGGACCAACUGGCUUCCGCAAGGAAGGCCCUGUUUGCCCCCAGAAUGAGCGAGAGCCUGGACAAAGGUGUUCAGACGCAAAUUGAAGGAAUUUCAGUCCAGACGCAGACCACCCUCUCCUCACCAGCGGAGCUCCAGGCAGUCGAGACGGUCGCCGUUCAUGGCGAAACACAGGAACAGCUGGAAGCAGCAAUGGAGAGCUUGCGGGACCGGCCUGCACUUCAUAAAUUUGUUGAGGAUGCUCUGAAGAAUCCUGUAGCAAAAGAGUUCCUUAUGGGUCGCAUUGGCUUAGGCGAUGUUUUCAUGCAGCCAAACCUGGUGUUUGAACGCAUUACGCCAGCGCUGAGGCGAGAGGUUUCAAAGCCUUUGACUUGGCCACGCCUUUUUUCGAAAGGGAAGAGGGCCCUCCAACCUGCAGCCUUAUCAAAACUACUAGGCCUAAUGGAUACAGACAACGGUCGCAAGGUUUUUGCCGUCCUUUUUACAUUUUUGGGAGGCGUAGUGCUGCGGCCCCACCCUGAGCACAUCGACAUUCCGGAGCCGGCCCAAAAUGCGCUCAAACGCACAUUACAAUUGCCCGCUGAGUACAAAGGAGCUAUUCAUGAACUUGAGAAAGGAUCAAAAUCCUUCAGCUGUCGUGGUCAAGUUCGUGUCAAGUACUCUUCAAUCAGUCAAGAGAUGCGUGAAACUGUUGCUCUUGAGAUCAAGAGUAACAGGUUUGUGAUUCAAGAGGAACAGUUAGUAGAACUUGACAAAUUUUUGACUCAAAAUGAAAGAACAACAAUGAGAGUUAUUUUGUUGUGCUUUGGUGGUGUCGUGCUAGAUUCUAACUUUGUUCCAAUGGGACUUUCUAGUAUUUUCAAUGCUCCCAGAUUGUAA